AAAUCACAUGACUUACAUGUGAUCUGUCGUUCAAAGUGUGCUUGCAUUUGUGUGAUGGUCUUUUUACUUGUGAAGUUUUUCUGCUUGGAUGUGUGACUUAUAGACAAAUCAUUCAAAAUGAAUCGGAACUUAUUUUUAUGUUUGAUUGUGGCUUUCGGUUAUGUACACAGUGCCCCAUCCUUGCUGCCAGUGAGCGAGGGUCUGGAGGAGGACACGUUGUGUGGCAUUUGUCAGUUUAUGGUGGAAGAUCUAAAAUCUCUAAUCGGAGAAAAUGCAACUGAGUCACAAGUUGAAGAUAAAUUGGAUGAUAUUUGUAACCGCCUCGCAGCAGACCGGGACACUUGUAGGUCAAUGGUCCAUCAAUACCUACCCGCCUUGUUUGCCAAAAUAUCAGGCGGAAUCGACCCAAAAGCGGCAUGUUUGGAAUUAAAGGUGUGCACUAAUACAGAGAAGGACAUUAGUAAUGAAGUUACAAAGGGACUGGAAAUUAAAGACGAAUUCAGCAAUGAAAUUCCGGAAGAUUCAGAGAUGGAAUAUAUGAUAAAUUAUGAGUUAGGGAAUGUCAUUCCACAGUUGUUACACCCUUACAAUGGCAGGAAAGGCAAGCCGGUCAACAUGAAACCAAAGCUUGCCAGUAACGAGACCUGUGAGAUUUGCGAGUUCCUCAUCCAGAUCUUGGACGCUUACAUAGCAACCAACCAAACCGAGGCAGCCAUCAAUAAUACCAUCAUGCAAAUCUGCGCGGGUCUUCCAGCUGAACUGUCAAAUUUUUGCAAGUCGCUUGCCCCUGCCAUAUUGAACAUCUUGGAGAAAGGAGUUGAUCCAGAGAAGGGAUGUAUGGCCAUAAAGGUUUGCCAAUCAACUGAUGGAAUAGUAAACAUCCGAAGCUUGACCUGUGACCUUUGUCAGUCAUCCAUGAAGGAGGCCCUUGGGAAGAUGGGUGAGAAGGUGUGUCUCGAGAUCCGAGGCGUGUGUGACGGUAAGAAGGCUGGAUCUAAUACUCACAAAGAGCCAGUGAUGUACGAAGAGACGGCGGAGUUGUUUGAAGGAAAGAUGGAAACCAUCCCGAACGAGGAAGAUGAGAGUAUUCAGGCUAAUCCACUGGAAUGUGAGCUUUGUAAAAUACUCGUGAUUGAACUCAACAAGGUCAUUGUAACCAAUCAGACUGACGAGGUCAUCAAUGCCACCGUGUACAACCUAUGCUCGGACGCACCUGGCGCUCUGACAAACUUUUGUUUCACCUACGCCCCACAAGUUGUCAAAUUACUGGAGAACGGCUUCGAUAGCUCAAUCGUCUGCAAAUUGAUUCGAGCAUGUAGUGCCACUUUUUCAACCGAAGAGCAAGACGAGCCUGAGAAUAUCGAGGCUAAUCCACUGGAAUGUGAGCUUUGUAAAAUACUCGUGAUUGAACUCAACAAGGUCAUUGUAACCAAUCAGACUGACGAGGUCAUCAAUGCCACCGUGUACAACCUAUGCUCGGACGCACCUGGCGCUCUGACAAACUUUUGUUUCACCUACGCCCCACAAGUUGUCAAGUUACUGGAGAACGGCUUCGAUAGCUCAAUCGUCUGCAAAUUGAUUCGAGCAUGUAGUGCCACUUUUUCAACCGAAGAGCAAGACGAGCCUGAGAAUAUCGAGGCCGGUACACUGGAAUGUGAAUUGUGCAAAGCACUGGUAGAUGAACUGGACCAGGUCCUAGUCAAUAACCGUUCUGAAGAGGUCAUCAACUCCACUAUUUACCAGCUAUGUGGGGAGGUACCGGGUGCCUUAAAAAACUAUUGCAUGACUUACGCUCCACGGAUUGUCCAGCUACUGGAGACUGGAUUUGACCCCUCGAGUGUCUGCACACUACUGCGAGCCUGUAGUGGAACAUUUACUCCUGUCGAAGAAGAGGGUCUCGAACUCGAACCUUACGUAACUCAUGAAAAAGAAAGCUUAACGGACUUUAUUAAAGAUGUCCUUCCUAACGAAGUCAGUAAUCCAGAGGAUGCAAAAUGUGACGUUUGUAAAGCUAUCAUUGAGAUAAUUGACAGAUAUUUGGAUGCUAACCAGACAAGGGACGCCAUCAACAUUACAGUUUAUGGACUGUGUGCUGAUCUGCCAGGGGAGUUUCAAGUUAUAUGUAAUGAUGCUGCCCCACAAGUGGUGGUAGCAGUGGAGUCGGGACUGGACCCCACCACUGCAUGCACUUUUGUCAAACUCUGCUCUGGAGGAGGCAGCUUUGAACUUUUGGGUGAAGAAAUCGAAGACAGAGUCAAAGACGUUGAAGAGGAUCUAGAAGUUGGGGAUACUAAAUGUGAACUGUGUAAGCUGGUGAUCAAUCUGAUGGACCAGUACAUCGGCCGUAAUACGUCCGAAGAGGAAAUCAACGGCACUGUCUACAAACUGUGCGACAUGCUUCCAGGGGAUAUUAAAUCCACAUGUGAUAUGUUGGUACCUGAACUUGUGAAGGCUAUAGACAGCGGAUUCGAACCAGUCAGAGCAUGUAGUGCCGUCAAUCUCUGUGUUAAUGGAACCAUAGCCGAAAUGUAUGAGGAGGAAGAGGAGGAACCUUUACCACAACAGAGGCCAGCACUGGAAGGAUUUGAAGGAAUCAGAGCAGAGAUAGAAAAAACCAUCAUGAAGGAUGUCGAGGGUUUCGGGGUAAACAUCUUUAAUUCAGAUGACUCGUGCGAUCUCUGUGAGUAUGUUAUCAACCUCUUUGACAAGUACAUUGAAAAGAACUCAUCUCAAGUUGCACUCAAUAACACGGUAUACGAGCUUUGUGGCUUCCUACCUGGGGAUAUCAAGGCCAUGUGUAACACGAUGGCGUCCCAGCUGGUCAAGGCUUUGGACAGCGGAUUUGACCCUCUCAGAGCAUGCCAAGCGGUCAAGCUCUGUACUAAUGGUACAAGUGAAAUCAUUUUGGAACCUGGAUUGGCCGAGGUAGAGCCAAUUAUUGAGCCCAAAAGUCAAGAAGCGGUUGAGCCAAGAGAAGAGGAGAUGGAGCCAAGAGGUGAGGAGAUGGAGCCAAGAGGUGAGCAGGUUGAGCCAAGAGACGAGGAGGUGGAGCCAAGAGGUGAGGAGGUGGAGCCAAGAGGUGAGCAGGUAGAACCUAGAGGUGAAGAGGAGGAACCCAGAGCUGAGGAGGAGGAGGAGGAGCCCAGUGGUGAAGAGGAGGAGCCUAGAGAUAAGGAGGUAGAGCCUCGUGGUGAGGAGGUGGAGGAACCCAGAGUUGAAGAGGAGGAACCAGAGGUCGAACAGGUCGAAGUUGAGGUACUUCCUGAGGAGGAACACACCAUUGAGUUGCAAGAACCGGAGGAAGAUAUAGUAAACACACACGUAGACUAUAACGCUUAUUUUAUUGUUGAGGAAAUGGAACCAGAAGAAAAAAAUGUGGGGGCUGAUGCUCGUUGUGAACUGUGUGAACUUAUGAUUGGUAUGCUGGACCGCUACAUACAGGGGAACGCAACCAAGCAGGAGAUCAAUGAAACAGUAUACUCUCUCUGUACAGUACUUCCUUCACAACUAAAGAAGGAAUGUCUAGUCAUUGCACCCAAAGUUGUGAACACAAUAAAAGAAGGUUUGAAUCCAGAAACAACAUGCAUAAUGGCAAACUUCUGUGUGAAUGGUACUGAGCUCGAGUUCCCACUUCAAGUACCUGGUCUUACGUGUGAAGCCUGUCACAGCCUUGUUGAACUGACCAACCCUGAAACAUAUGAUGUGGAGGCCGCUGACAAAAUUUGUGGUGCAUCAUGUCCUCGCAGACAUCGACGAUCAGCGUCAGACACACCGCUCCUUUCCCUGAUACAGGAGGCGUCCGUAGUCAGACAGGAGGUGUUACGCGGAGAUCCUGCAUGGAACUGUGAUGUUUGUGAAUUUGUGGUUAAGGCAGUCAAUGUCAUGUUGACAGACAAUAAGACCAUGGACGAGGUCGUAGGUCACCUGAUGAAACUCUGCAGCUACUUUCCCGCUCCCUACGUUCAUAAGUGUGAGGACUCAGUAUUAGAUGUCGUGGGCGAGUUUGACAAGGGCCUUGAUGUUAUGGAAUUCUGUAACAGUGAAAAUGGAAACAUGUGUGGUCAAGGUUCCCAGGACGUGGAGCUGUUGUUUGACACGCUAGGAAAGCCCGAGGAUUGGGAGUGUAAUAUCUGUAAGAACACACUGUCCACCAUGAACUCUUUAUUAGACCAAGACUAUGAGCACAUCAAGAUGUACAUGGGCAGUGUUUGUGAAAGGCUAUCUGCUCCACACAACAAGCAGUGUCAGACCUAUAUACAGACACAAGGUGACCAGGUGUUCAACAGAAUUAUUGAAAAACUUCUCAGUCCAACCCAGGUGUGUCAGCUGGCUGGAGUCUGCUCAAUAAAACCACCGACCCACCCCAACAUGUCCAGUCGCUAGGUCCAUCAAUCCAUCAACAGAUAUCAUCAAGCAUGGAUCAACACCUUCUGGAUACGUGGACUUAAUCACGUAGACACUGAUCAGACAUAAUUCAUAAUGGAGAAUGUUUUCUAUAUACAUGAUUAAUUAGAUUUAAUAUCGUAAAUGAAGAGAGCUUGUCAAAACAUUCUUUGACAAUUACCUGUAUGAAAACAAAGGGUCUGGCUUUGAAAAAUAUCUAUACUAAAGCAAAGAAUAUUAGAGAGCUUGUAUAGGCUGUGUCUGUUGUCUGAUUCUGAUUGUACUCAAGAUCUGUACAAUAAAAUAUCCUGAAAUGAAAUGAGAAUAUAACUUUGCAAAUAGUUCCUUUUUACACACAAACAUCACACACAAAAAUAAUUUGUGCACAAUGAAUAUAAUUUCUACGUAAACUUCUUGAUAAUCUGUCUCACUGUUAGUUUAAGAAUUUACAGUACAUUUGGUUGAUAAAUAUAUAAGUAUUUACUCUGUUAGUAUCUAUCCUUUGUUUACCUUUAUUGUAUAAUGGAACCUUGUCAGCCUGCAGUAAGGGCAGACAAUUCAGUACCAGUUAUGAGAUUCUGAAACAUACCUUAACACACCUACAUUAAGUACAAUACAUCUUAAAAUUUAUUCUGUAAUUCUUGUGUAAUGACCUUGCACAAUUAUAUUUUUUCCAUUAAAAAAUGAU